AACCAGAUAAAUAUCACAGUUCAGUCAUGUUUUAGAUCAGACACUUGACUAGUGUUGUGAGCUUUUCAGUGAUCUGAUGGAGAAAAUGUUUCUCAAAUUAGUUUUGCUCUGUUUGUGUCUGUGGCGUCUGGAUGGUGCGUUUGGUUUUAUUGACGGAAAACAAAUAUCAGUGAGGGAGGGAGAGACAGUCACUCUAAACCUUGGUCCUGGUAAUCUGAGGGUUGAUGUUAUUGUUUGGUGGAAGUUUGCAAAAACUUUAAUAGCUGAAAUCCAUAAACAGGCCAAAAAAUUAACUGUAUAUGAUGAUAUUCUUGAUGGGAGAUUCAAAGACAAACUGAAGCUGAACAAACAUUCUGGAUCUCUGACCAUCUCAAACGUCAGACCUGAACAUUCUGGACGUUAUGGGAUCAACGGAACAAACAAACACUUUGUUCUCACUGUCUAUGCAAAGCCAGUCUUGGUGAAUGAGGGAGAUUCAGUCACUCUAAACUCUGGUCGGAAUGAAUUGAAGGCUAAUAAUCGGAUUGAGUGGAGGUUUGGAGAUUCUAACACUUUAAUAGCUAAAAUGAAUAAACAGGACGACAGCAUCACUAUAUAUGAUGAUGUUCUUGGUGGGAGAUUCAAAGACAGCCUAAAGGUGGACAAACAAACUGGAUCUCUGACCAUCACAAACACCAGAAGGAAACAUGAUGGAGAAUAUAGAAUACGGAUACAUGGAGCAAAUUUUGCAUCAAAAAAAAUUAGAGUUUCUGUCUAUGAUCGUCUGCCUGUUCCUGUCAUCAGCAGUAACGUUUCACAAUGUUCUAUAACAACAUUAUGUUCAUUGGUGUGUUCAGUGGUGGAUGUGAGUCAUGUGACUCUCUCCUGGUACAAAGAAAACAGCAUAUUGUCCAGCAUCAGUGCAUCUGAUCUCAACACCAGUCUCUCUCUACCUCUGGACGUGGACUUUCAGGAUCAAAACUCCUACAGCUGUGUGCUGAGCAAUCCCACCAGCAGGCAGACUAAACAUCUGGACCUCAUUCAUCAAUGUCACACAUGUUCAGGUUUGUCAAUGUGACUUUAUUCCUCCCAC